AUGGUGUCAGGGACGUGGCAUUAUCUGGUGCUGUUCACCGUUGUAAUACUGCGUUUCGGCGAGACGGCUGUCUGGGGCCUUCGGUACCAAGGGGCCGACGACUGGAACUCACUAGCGGCCGACGCGCCUCAUGUCGCCUCAGAGCCGGCAGAGAGUGGCAAUGCAGCCUCUUGGGCACUCCAGUCUUUUUUUCAAGCUUCCACAGGCAAAGCGGCCAAUGGAAGUCCCAGGCGAGGCCUGAGACACCGAGUUGCCGCCGGAUUUAGGCGGCUGGGGGACCGAGCACGCAGAGCUCUAGGUCGGAUCAGAGGUCGCCGCGGCGCUCAGCUUCCAGUUAGGCGAGCUGACAGUGAAGCAGGUCUCAUGGGUACCGAAGGCACAUACAGGGAAAGAGAGGGCAUAGGCUCUACUCAGUCCCUGCCUGACGACAGAAUUAUGGACAGCGGGGCCUCGCCAGAACAGCCCGUAGAAUCUCCAUCUGUUCCGUCGCCAUCCGGCCCUGCAACAGAUGAGCCACCGCCAACACCCAAACGCCCAGGACUGUCCCCACAAGUACCGCCCAGAACUCCUCUGCCAGUGCCUACACGGAGCCCCAGCCAAGUAAUUACUGCUCUAAAGGAAACGUCCGGCCAGUUAGAAGACGUGGGAGGCAAGCAUAAAGAGGGCACUGACGACGAUACCCAGAAGCAUAAUGCAUGGCUAAAAACCGUAGCUGUGCGAUGGCUGAGUGAACACUGUGACAAUUUGGAUCAAGCUCGGAGCCUUCUGGAGAGCGCCGACAUGGAUGAACAUACGCGCAAGCAGGUCUCUGCAGCUUUACACCGGGGACUUCAUGCUCGCGAUUUAGUACACACCAAACUUGGAGUAGAGUACCCGCUGGACGGCUGCGGCGGGCCUUCGCCACAACCGCCACCAGAAACUCCACCGGCUACUAAGCCGACACCGGCUCAUCCAGGCCAGUCCCCCAAAACUCCACCGGCUACUAAGCCGACACCGGCUCAUCCAGGCCAGUCCCCCAAAACUCCACCGGCUACUAAGCCGACACCGGCUCCUCGAGGCCAGUCCCCCAAAACUCCACCGGCUACUAAGCCGACACCGGCUCCUCGAGGCCAGUCCCCCAAAACUCCACCAGCUACUAAGCCGACACCGCCUCCUCGAGGCCAGUCCCCCCAAACUCCACCGGCUACUAAGCCGACGCCUGUCCCUUCGCCGGAGUCGGUACCCAGAGCCCCUCUGCCACAGCCGUCUCGAACGCCCAGUGAAGUGGUCAACAGAAUGAAUCAGUCGUCCAUGAUGUUACAAUCCUUCGCAAGCCAGGCGUACCGGGGUACUGACCCCGAGAAACUCAGGAACAAUGAAUCGCUCAAACUUAAAGCAACGGUGUACAGGAAUGACCACUGCGAUGAUAUUGACGAAGCAAAAGCCCUUCUGGCCCGUAAUGACAUGCGUCAGACGGAGAGCUUUCGGGUCGCUGCAGCCCUUGAUCGGGCAAGGCUAGCUCGCGAUGCAGCUAAGGAAAAACUUGGAGUAGAGUUCCCGCCGGAUCGGUGCCAGUGA